UAAUUUCAGAAAUUAUAAAUUUGUCCGAAAGACAAAAAGAUACAUUUGUGCUUCCGACGCCAUGGGAAGUUCAGAAGAAAUCCUACAGGAGCUUCUCAAUGUUGAGGUCGAACUUCACGAUGUCCAAGAGCAGUUGAAGGAAUUGCUAGACCGACAGGAUGAGUUAUAUCAAAGGCAAUCUGAACUGAAAGCGUUGUUGGAAAGCUGUGAAUCAUCAUCAAGAAGAAGCCCUGGGAAGAUUGACGGAUCGUCCGAUUGCACUGAGAAUUGGUCAGGGACAUUUGAAUGGGACUCUCAAGCUGAUGAUAUCAGGUUCAAUGUUUUCGGAAUUCCUACCUAUCGUGCAAAUCAGCGAGAGAUAAUAAAUGCAGUCAUGACUGGAAGAGAUGUUCUUGUGAUUAUGGCGGCUGGUGGAGGCAAGAGUCUUUGUUAUCAACUUCCUGCUGUUCUUAAAAAUGGGGUUGCUCUGGUUGUCAGCCCUUUGCUUUCUCUUAUUCAAGAUCAGGUAAUGGGCUUGGCUGCUUUGGGCAUCCCAGCAUUCAUGUUGACGUCAACCACCGGUAAGGAAGAUGAAAAGUUCAUAUACAAGGCUCUUGAAAAGGGUGAUGGAGAGCUUAAAAUACUAUAUGUUACACCAGAGAAGAUAUCGAAGAGCAAAAGAUUCAUGUCAAAACUUGAAAAGUGUCAUCAUGCUGGUCGGCUGUCUCUAAUUUCUAUUGAUGAAGCACAUUGUUGUAGUCAAUGGGGCCAUGAUUUUCGUCCAGACUACAAGAAUCUUGGCAUCUUAAAGACUCAGUUUCCAGAUGUUCCUGUUAUUGCUCUGACCGCUACAGCAACAAAAAAAGUGCAACAAGAUCUAAUGGAGAUGCUACAUGUUUCAAAAUGUGUUAAGUUUGUCAGCACAGUGAACAGGCCUAAUCUUUUUUAUACGGUAAGAGAAAAAUCAUCUGUUGGGAAGGUAGUCAUUGAUGAAAUUGCUGCAUAUAUACAAGCAUCUUAUCCAAAUAAUGAGUCUGGCAUAGUUUAUUGCUUCUCCAGAAAGGAGUGUGAACAGGUUGCAAAAGAAUUGCGUGAGAAGGGAAUAUCAGCUGACUAUUAUCAUGCUGAUAUGGAUGUACAUGCUCGUGAGAAAGUUCAUUUACGGUGGAGCAAUGGCAAGUUGCAGGUUAUUGUUGGAACAGUGGCUUUUGGUAUGGGAAUCAACAAACCAGAUGUCAGGUUUGUCAUUCAUCACAGUUUAAGCAAAUCAAUGGAGACAUACUAUCAGGAAAGCGGGCGGGCUGGAAGAGAUGGCCUUCCUUCAGAAUGUGUUCUGUACUUUAGACCUGGUGAUGUUCCUAGGCAGAGCUCAAUGGUCUUCUAUGAGAAUGCUGGAUUGCAAAAUCUCUACGACAUAGUGCGAUACUGUCUGUCGAAAAGAGAAUGCCGCCGAGGUGCUUUUUUCAGACAUUUUGCCGAGCCUCUACGAGAUUGUAAUGGGAUGUGUGACAACUGUGCUUUUGCAAGUGAUGUGAAGGAAUUGGAUGUAUCUGCUCAUGCAAAAAUGAUAGUAUCACUACUGCAAGAUUUACAAGAGAAUGAUCAAAGAGUUACGAUGCUGCAACUGGCGGACAAACUGAAGGUUAAGCAGAAAGGAGUAGAUCCUGAGCUAAAGAGAGAUGAAUUGGAGCAACUUGUCAUUCAGCUCAUACUGGAACGCGUUUUGAAAGAGGAAUUCCAGCAUACUGCUUAUGCUACAAAUGCUUAUGUCACUAUUGGACCCUUAUCAAAGUAUGUGUUACACGGGAAAAAAAUUAUUAAGCUUGAAGUUUCCAGUGGACAGAAAGGUAGCUCAAGCAUUUUGAAACAAUCAAAACGCACUAAAUCAGGCGAUUUGGAGUUCAAGCUUGACAAGCUACGAAAAGAACUGGCUUCCAUUAAUGGGGGGAUAUUCCCCCACUCUGUGUUGUCUACCCAACAAAUUAGCAUGCUGAGUGUCCAGCAGCCAAAAUCAGUUGAACAGUUGGAGAAGGUGAUUGGAAAGCUAAAGACACAGAAAUAUGGUGUCCGGAUUCUCGAAGAAAUUGAAAAUUUUGAAUCCAAUAACCAAUCUAACAACAUUUUAGAGAGUCAAAUAAGUAGAGCUUCUAAGAAAAUGAAAUCCACGAAGACACCUGUUAUCAUAGAGAGUAGUGGAGAUGAAGCAUGACCAAGUUCUUGUCUCACAGAUGAGGAGCCAUGUAUUUUGUCUGUGCAAUUACGGGGGAAAAACAGUUGAUUCGGACUGUUGGAGGGGGUUUAAGCUUUUGAGUUUUGAGUUUGGUUUGAUUGGUUAUCAUUGCUCUAUAGGAUCUCUCAUCAGAAAAGGUUGAUUUAGUAAUUAGCUAAAUAAUUUACCGUGUACACAAGGUGAAUGGCUUUUGUCUAAAUUUGUUUUGGUAAGUUUACUACUCGAACCAUAAUGGGCUAGGUUAAUUUUUCUUAUCGUGGACGCUUAAUAUCUCCAAGAUCUAGCUUAACUAGUAGGAACAUUAGUCAAGCGGCUGUGAGGUCCCUCAUUUGACUAUCAAGUACUUUAUUUUUUUUCUUUUCCUUUUUAAGGUUUGAAAUCUUCUAUUG